AUGGCCUCAGGAUACGACCGAGCUCUGUCGGUCUUCAGCCCCGACGGCCAUGUUUUCCAGGUCGAGUAUGCAGGCGAGGCCGUCAAACGAGGAACCUGCGCCGUCGGCGUCAAGGGCAAGGACAUUGUCGUGUUGGGAUGCGAGAAGCGAUCGGCGAUGAAGCUGCAAGACACGAGAAUUACGCCCUCCAAGAUCCAGGUCCUCGAUAACCACGUCGCCUUGGCCUUUGCGGGCCUCAACGCCGAUGCUCGCAUCCUCGUCGACAAGGCCCGGCUAGAAGCCCAGUCCCACCGACUGUCGGUCGAGGACCCCGUCACGAUCGACUACAUCACCAAGUACGUCGCCGGCGUCCAGCAACGGUAUACCCAAGCGGGUGGCGUGCGACCCUUUGGCAUCAGCACCCUCGUCGUCGGCUUCGACCCGGGCAGCAAGGUGCCCCGACUCUUUCAGACGGAGCCUUCCGGCAUUUACUCUGCUUGGAAAGCAAACGCCAUCGGUCGGUCAAGCAAGACGGUCCGCGAGUUCCUCGAGCGAAACUACAAGGAGGAAAUGGACCGUGAGGCUACCAUUCGACUGGCCAUCAAGUCACUCUUGGAAGUCGUGCAAACCGGCGCGAAAAAUAUCGAGAUUGCCCUGAUGGCACCCGGUGCGGCGAUGGAGAUCCUACCCACCGAUGAGAUUGAGGGCUACGUCAAGGAGAUUGAGCAGGAGAAGCAGGAGGAGGCGGCCAAGAAGAAGACGGGACGCGCGGCUGGCAGCGGAAGCGUUGUGAUCCCGACUAGAAGUCAGGAUGACUCUGCUGCUGAAUGA